AUGGGGUUGUCCGUCUUUGAAGAGCAGCACAAUGUUAUCCUGCAAGAAAUCAAGAACAUCACGCAAAACGAUUGGAAAUGUUUGAUAGUCGACGAGACCUCCAAGAAGAUUGUCGACAAUGUUGUCAAGUCGGAUGACAUCCUCAACAGCAAUAUUGCCACCAUCGAGCUCAUCGAAGCUCGUCGCGAGCCUAACCCCGAGAUGGACGCCAUCUACCUCCUCAGCCCCGAACCGCACAUUGUCGAAUGCCUCCUGGCCGACUUCGAGCUCCGGCGCUACCGAAGAGGGUUUCUGGUAUGGACGAACCUGCUAGACCCGGCCCUGCGAAGGAAAAUCGACGAGUUCCCCGGCGUGCGCCAGCUGCGCGCGAGCUCUCGGACGCUGUUUGUCGACUUUUACCCUCGAGAAUCACAUUUGGUGACAUUCCGGGAUCCCUGGAGCUUCCCGAUGCUCUUUCACCCGGGUUGUAAUGCCAUUGUCCCCAAGCAUAUGCAGCUCCUUGCGCAAAGAAUUGCCGGAAUUUGCAUUACUCUAGGAGAGUAUCCAAAGGUGAGAUACUACAAGCCGAAAAAUGCCUUCCACGAGGCUUCCGUCUUAUGCACCCACCUGGCGAGAUUCGUUCAAGAAGAACUGGACGGCUAUGCCCAAUGGGACUCCAACUUCCCGCCUCCGUCGACCAGGCCACAGUCGACGCUCCUUAUUACAGACCGGUCGAUGGACCUUAUGGCUCCGCUAGUACACGAAUUCACCUAUCAAGCCAUGGCGCACGAUCUGCUUCCCAUCAAGGACGGCGACAAGGUUACUUUCCAUACGACAAUCAACGAAGGGACACCAGAUGAACAGGAGAAGGACAUGGAGCUUGCAGAAAAGGACAAGAUUUGGGUCGAAAAUCGUCAUCGUCACAUGAAGGACACGAUUGACAAGCUCAUGGGCGAUUUCCAAAAGUUUUUGGAUCAGAAUCCUCAUUUCACUAGGGAAAACACCGACACGACGAGUCUGAGCGCCAUCCGCGACAUGAUGGCUGGGUUGCCUCAGUUCCAGGAGAUGAAGGAGGCUUAUUCUUUGCAUCUCACCAUGGCCCAGGAAUGCAUGAACAAAUUCCAGCAUCAUAAAUUGUCCGACACUGCGGCCAUUGAGCAGACGCUGGCCACCGGGCUGGACGAGGACUACAAGAAGCCGAAGAAUAUUCUGGAUUCGGUCGCUCGUUUGCUGGAUGACGAUGCGGUAUCCCCCGGAGACCGACUCCGGCUGAUUACUCUCUAUGCGCUAUAUCGUGAUGGCAUGAUUUUGGAUGAUGUCAAGAAACUCCUCGCCCAUUCAGGUCUCCCCAUCCAAGACACGGAGACUAUCAUCAACCUUGAACACAUCGGAGGGAGACCUAUUAAGCAGCUAAAGGAGCAACGGCAGGCAAUUCCUCCGCUGUUUCCCGCUGACAAUAAGAACUCUCAAGACGAGGACGAUUAUACUCUUUCCCGCUUUGAGCCUGUCCUGAAGCAGGUACUGGACGGACUGACCAAAGGCACUCUGGAUCAAACCCUCUUCCCAUACGUCAAGCCACCAUUGGAUCCGAACGAGGAUAUGCUUGCAGCUCAGGCAGGGUCACUUCGUGCUGCUGGACGGCCAAACUGGGCAGCGGCUGGCCGACGGCCUCCCGAAAACCGCCAGAGGCUGAUUGUCUUUAUGGCUGGCGGCGCUACAUACAGUGAAAGCAGGGCAUGCUACGAGCUUGGCAACGAGCGAAGCCGUGAUAUUAUCCUGGCAACUUCGCACAUGCUCACGCCCCAGCUCUUCCUCCGCCAAAUCGGAGAUCUCAGCCGCGACAAACGACAGCUGGAUCUUCCCAUUGAGCGCAAGAGACACGCACCCGCACAUCUUUUCGAGCGCCCAGCACCACCACCGCCACCGGUUCAGGCUCGGCCACCACAACAGCAGGCCGCAGCACCUCGGCCUGGCGCUGCUGCGCAUCAACCGGUGGCUCGCCCGGGCGGCCUUCCCAGUCGACCGACUCCCAGCGGCGGUGCCGUGCCAACGCAAGCCAUGGCCAACAUGCACAUCAACUCUAGCGGACACAGGCCGACAACAUCGAACAGCUCGUACGAUGACGGCAAAGCACACAAGGAGAAGAAGAGAAGGAACUUCCUGGGUCUAAAGAAGUAG